ACAGCUUCGACUUGCAAUUGCAGCCGCUACAUAGUUUGUUAGAGCAGAGUGUGCCUGCCUUGACUUUAAACAAAAUGGUUUUCUCUCAGACUCUUCGCCGCGCUGCGGCCCAGAAUGCCGGUGGUUACCGUUCUCCUUUCGGUCCCAAGUACUCGACUCCCCUUCACUGGCACGGCCAUACCACCCGGUCCGCUGUCACUGCCGGUACCAUUGCCGGCGGCUUCGGCGUCAGCGCCGGUGUCUUCCUUCUGUUCUUCUUUGGCGAGGUCCCCCGUGUCCGCCGUGAUAUUCUCCAGAAGGUUCCCUUCCUCAAUGAGUACUUUGACCGCACCAUCGCCCCUGAGGACAACCCCUUUUAAAUGUUGUCUCUGAGGCAAAUGUUGUUUUUUCAAUUAUACACGAGGCCCGGUCACCCUGUACGGAUAUACCGCUUCAUAGCUGGACAGCAAAAGAGACUGGGGGUGCUGUACGUGUAGAAUAGCGAUGAGUUUUCGAUAGCACAUAGUAGAGAAUGCCUGCUUAAAA